ACUGUAGUUUCUUAAACUGCUUCGACCCUGAUUAAAAUACAGCAACCAGUAUUUUGUAGCACUACAUAUUUACCUUCGGUUAUUCAAAACAGGAAACCCAAGGAAGACCGAUAUGUUUCAUGCGUUUCGCAAACAACAAAUUAGUUUUUCAAGAUACUCGCUGAAAAAUGGAAGUGUCGUUUGAACAUCUAUUGAGAACUAAUCCCGUUCUGCGGAUUUAUUUGUUCUACACAGCAGUACUCGCACUGAAAAUGAUGCUAAUGACGUUGUUAACGAUCAGACAGAGAUUUUUAAAUAACGCCUUCGUUUGCGAAGAAGAUGCCGUCUUCCUGCGCGGAGUAGUGUCGAGGACCAAUGAAAAUGUAGAAAGAGUUCGCAGAGGUCACCGCAAUGAUAUGGAAACGAUUUAUUUGUUUCUUCUAACUGGAUUUGCCUAUAUUUGGACUAACCCAGAUCCUGCGUGGACGAAUUCGCUGUUUUUGUUAUUUACAGUAGGCAGAUUUAUUCAUACAUUUGUUUAUACUAUUGUAGUUACACCUCAACCCGCCAGAGGAUUAUCGUGGUUGGUUGGAUAUGUUAUCAUGGGUUAUAUGGCACUUAAAACGCUGAUUUAUUUUUAUAAUUGAAGCGUGAGUAGGUAUUUAUUGUUGCAUUUAUAUUUAUAAAUAUUAUAAAACUGUUAAAAUAAUAUUUUUGCUAAAGAUGUUACUUUUUUUCUAA